UUUCUCUCAGCCCUCCCCUAAAGGAAUCUGAUGGUACGAUCACCAUAUCCAUCGAUAGAUCAUCGCCUACCCCCACUGUAUUUUCCUCCCCACCUUCUUUUAAUAUAUCUCACCCUCCAUCGUUCUUUCUUGCAGAGAAGAAAGAGACAUGUUAAGAUCUGAAGAACUCCCAGAUUGCUUUUACCGGAACAAGCCAACCUCGAUCUAUCCAAACACCGCUACACCAAAGCAUUAUUUGUAUCUCUCCAACCUUGAUGAUCAAAAGUUCCUUAGAUUCUCCAUUAAAUAUCUCUACCUUUUCCAGAAAGCUGUUUCCGUAGAUACCUUGAAAUAUUCCCUCUCCAAAGUUCUCGUAGACUACUACCCUUUAGCUGGGAGGUUAAGACCUUGCGACGAUCACAAGCUCCAGAUUGAUUGCAAUGGCGAAGGUGCCGUUUUUGCCGACGCUUUCAUGGACAUCACCUGUGAGCAGUUUCUGCAGCUUUCCCGGAAACCAAACAGGUCUUGGAGAAAGCUCCUUUACAGGGUUGAAGUUCACUCAUCCCUCGAGAUUCCACCUCUUGUCGUUCAGGUAACGAAUCUUCGCUGUGGAGGGAUGAUCCUCUGCACCGCGAUAAAUCAUUGUAUAUGUGACGGCAUAGGUACAUCCCAGUUCUUGCACGCGUGGUCGCACGUUAUAACUAAACCCAAACUUGAAUUUACCAUUUUACCCUUGCAUUCUCGCCAUGUGUUGAAACCCCGAGAUCCUCCUCAAAUAACCCACACUCAUCUUUGCUAUACCAAAACUACCCUCAAAGACAACCACACCCACGUGGACAUCAACCAGUAUGUACUGUCGCAACCACUGGUAACCACGUCCUUUACCUUCACCCCAGCCCACGUCCUCCGCCUCAAACGACAGUGCUUUCCGUCUCUCAAAUGCACCACCUUCGAGGCAUUGGCCUCGCACACGUGGCGGUCGUGGGUUCGAUCCCUGGACUUGUCGCCUACGUCGCUUAAGGUCAAGCUCCUGUUUUCCGUCAACGUUAGGAAAAAGCUAAUCCCGGUGUUGCCACAGGGGUAUUACGGGAACGGGUUUGUUCUAGCUUGCGCUGAGACCGCAGUAAAAGACUUGGUCACCUUGAAUUUACACCACGGCAUAAAGUUAAUCCAGCAAGCCAAAUCAAGUUUAACUGACGGGAACGUUAGGUCAAUGAUUGAUUUGUUGGAGGAUAAAAAUGUGAAAAUGGAUACUUGUUCGAGCUUGGUGAUUUCUCAAUGGGCGAAGCUGGGGUUAGAGGAUUUGGAUUUUGGGGAAGGUAAGGCAUUGCAUAUGGGACCCUUGACAAGUGAUAUUUACUGCUUGUUUUUACCGGUGGUGGGUAAUUUUGAUGCGGUAAGAGUGCAAGUAUCAAUGCCAGAAUACGCAGUUGAAAAGUUCGAGUAUUACAUGAUGGAUGGGUUGGAUAAAGAAGAUAAUGGAGAUAUUCAUGGGUUUCAUUAA